UUAAUCGAACUAUCGGUUUUUACCGGCCUUUCUGAUAGAAAUUUGGCUUGGGUCCACUGUUUUACUUGUUUAUAUUUCCAAAACCGCUACACAUUGUAAUGACGGACACUAACGGACCUGCAGUGCGAAUGCCCUGGGUGGAGAAAUACCGUCCAAGUGGCUUAGACGACUUGAUAUCUCAUGAGGAAAUAAUAUCAACCAUCACCCGCUUUAUAAACCGCAAGCAACUGCCUCAUUUGCUCUUUUAUGGCCCGCCUGGAACAGGGAAGACGAGCACAAUAUUGGCAUGUGCUCGUCAACUUUAUUCGCCGCAGCAAUUCAAGUCUAUGGUUUUGGAGCUCAAUGCUUCGGAUGAUCGAGGAAUUGGAAUUGUGCGAGGCCAAAUCCUUAAUUUUGCCUCUACGCGAACAAUUUUUUGCGACACCUUUAAACUUAUUAUUUUGGAUGAAGCCGAUGCAAUGACCAACGAUGCACAGAAUGCUCUACGUCGCAUCAUUGAGAAAUAUACAGACAACGUCCGAUUUUGUGUGAUUUGCAAUUACCUGAGUAAAAUUAUUCCAGCUCUACAGUCGCGUUGUACUCGAUUCCGAUUCGCUCCAUUAUCCCAAAACCAAAUGAUGCCUCGAUUGGAAAAGAUCAUUGAUGCUGAAGGCGUUCAAAUUACUGAAGAUGGAAAAAAUGCCCUUCUUACUCUCGCUAAAGGUGAUAUGCGAAAGGUUCUGAACGUUUUGCAGAGUACUGUAAUGGCUUUUGAUAAGGUUAACGAGGAUAAUGUCUACAUGUGCGUGGGAUAUCCGUUAAGACAAGAUAUUGAACAGAUUUUAAAGGCCUUGCUUUCUGGCAGCAGUUUGGAGGACUCGUUCAAUACUAUCGAGAGCGCCAAGUACGCAAGAGGUCUCGCCUUGGAAGACAUUAUAACAGAACUGCAUUUAUUCGUUAUGAGACUUGAACUGCCCAUGUCCGUCAUGAACAAACUUAUUGUAAAGCUAGCCCAAAUUGAAGAACGAUUGGCCAAAGGAUGUACAGAAGUGGCACAAACGGCAGCCCUUGUUGCCGCUUUUUUUAUCUGUCGGGAUAUGGUUUCCAUGGAGAAGUAAAAUAAAUGAUUUUGUAAAUCUAUGCUUAAAAUAUAAAUACACAAAAAAUUCCUUUU